GUUUAAACAUGUAAAGAACUUGUAUUUUGCCCUUAAGAGAGAAAGUGAGAAAUAGCUUUUGGAGCAGCAGUGAGAUUCCAAUCCAAGUCUAGAUGUGACCUUCCGAGUGCACAGCCAAGCAGAUGACUUGCAAUUCUAUUCCAUAAAGAGGAAAAUGGGACAGCAACGCCGCAAACGGAGCCCUCCAGGCUGGAGUCCAAUCAAGUCAUUAAGAAUGGGUGGAGUCUGAGCCAAAGCGUCAUAUCUUUCAUUUGAUCCAAGCAGAGAAGCAGCGCUGCUCCCUUAAAACACCCCGCUGUUGGGUGAUUGUUGUCAUGGGCUUCCAGGGACUGCUUUUACUCGGCCUUCUCCUGUCAGGUGGAAAUCCUCGUGUUGCUUCGCAAAGCCUUAACGUCAGCACCACUCAAACCCCAAACGAAAGGGCGCGGCCGAGCAAAGAGCCGUCCGCAUUGCCACAAACAACAGAUCAACAGUCAGAGAGGACGGAGCCGAGCCACCCAGGAGGUUCCCCUGCCAGCCAGCGGCUCUGGAUCCACCAGCUAAGAAGGCCCGUUGUUGACGAGCAUGUGCCAAACACGCAGGGACCGGAGGCUAGCGGGCCUCUGCAGCCAAGACUCCAAAAUGAUAUGCUCGAGACCAUCAUGCUAGGCCCGGAUCUCAACCCUCCUGCUGAGCCUGAUCCAAAGCUGCUGGUCGAUUUAGAGCAGCGGGUGCCGGUGCCAGCUGACAGCGUGGCGGUGCGCUGUGGAGAGGGAGAGGUCGUCAUAGAGGUCAAGCAGAACUUCUUGGGAAACAAUCAGCUGAUACGUCCGAGUGAUCUGACCUUAGGAGGCUGCGGCCUGCUGCACGUCGCUGACCGCAUACUGCGCUUCCGGACAGAGCUGCAGGGUUGCGGCAGCACCGCCAAGAUGACAGACGAAGCCCUCAUCUACACCUUCUCCCUCAUCUACUCCCCAGCACCCGUGGGCAGCACCUUCAUCUUUAAGACUAACCCCGUGGAGGUGCUGAUUGAAUGCCACUACCCCAGGAGGCGCUAUGUGAGCAGUGACGCCAUGGUGCCUCACUGGCAGACGUUUGCCUCCAGCGUGGUGACGGAGCGGCAGCUCCACUUCUCCCUGCGGCUCAUGACCGACGACUGGCAGUCGCACAGGCCCACCAGUGUUUACUUCCUGGGUGAUGUAAUGCGCAUUGAGGCCUCGGUCCUCCAGGGCCACCAUGUUCCACUGAGGGUCUAUGUUGACACCUGUGUGGCCACCUUGGACCCCGACCCCAAUUCUCAACCAGGGUACACCUUCAUCAACAAUCACGGGUGUCUAAGAGACGCUAAGCUGACGGGAGCCAAGUCCUACUUCAUGCAGAGAAGCCACGAGGAUAAACUCGCUUUCCAGCUGGAAGCCUUCAAGUUCCACAGAGAUCACAGGAAUUCUCUUUACAUCACAUGUCAGCUGACAGCCACCGCGAUCUCUGCUCCCGUCAGCGCGCAGUACAAAGCCUGUUCGUUCUUGACCGAAGCUAACAGAUGGGUGGCGUCGGGUGGAGACAACGAGGUGUGUAGCUGCUGCCAAAGCAGCUGCAGCCGGCAGAGGCGGAAAAGGAACCUUGAAGAAGAUGCUGGUCUCGUGCAGUGGAACGGGAGAGCCGCUCUGGGCCCCAUUCUGGUGGAAGAGUACUUCCACACGCGGGUGUCACAGCCACAAUCAAACUCCCCACUUCAGACACAAGCAGCUUCCUCCCCAUCUUUAGUCGUGCUGUGUGCAGUGGGUGCAGCACUGGCGGUGGUGCUGCUUGCUGUCAUGGCUGCUGCCAUUUGCAGCAGAGUGCACAAACCCCCUGUGAAGGUUUCUACCUGACUGAGGACAAUAAAAGAU